AUGAGAAGAGAGGCGCAGCGGGACUUGCAUCACGACACUUUCCGCUCCCCAUUACCCCUUCCCGCCUCCCCGUUUCCCCUUCCCACCUCCCUAAUUCCCCUUCCUGCUCCCCAUUACCCCUUCCCGCCUCCCCGUUUCCCCUUCCCGCCUCCCCAAUUCCUCUUCCCGCCUCCCGUUUCCCCUUCCAGCUCCCCAUUUCCCCUUCCCGCCGCCUCAUUUCCCCUUCCCGCCUCCCCAUUACUCAUUCCCACCUCCCUGCUUCCCCUUCCCGCUCCCCAUUACCCCUUCCCGCCUCCCCCUAUCCCUACCUAUUCAUCUCUCUUCCUUGCCUUCGCAUCACCUCUCAUCCCAUCCCCUUCAAACCCCUCUCAUCCCAUCCCCUUCAAACCCCUCUCAUCCCAUCCCCUUCAAACCCCUCUCAUCCCAUCCCCUUCCAACCCUUCUCAUCCCAUCCCCUUCAAACCCCUCUCAUCCCAUCCCCUUCAAACCCCUCUCAUCCCAUCCCCUUCAAACCCCUCUCAUCCCAUCCCCUUCAAACCCCUCUCAUCCCAUCCCCUUCAAACCCCUCUCAUCCCAUCCCCUUCCAGCCCCUUUUGA